AUGUUGCGGCGACGUGAGGGUUUCGCCCCUAAACUGUGUUGGCUUGUCCUGCAGGUAACACUGUACGGCUCGUGGGCUUUCGGCCUCUUUCCAUUCACCCUCGACCCGCAGACAAGGCAGCUGAGGCGGCACAGAUGGCUUCUGGUCUAUGGCGUGGCGAUAAACCUCUUCCUGCUGUGCAUUGUGGUGCUCCUUAGUGAGUACAGCGAAGAAACCGCGCAGAGUCUGGAGGUCUUCCAGCGAAAUCACUUGCUAGGGGUGAUGAAUGUAAUCAUAGGGGUCCUCGCCCUAAUUGCCAGCUGCGGGAUAAUACUCAUUUCCUUCUGGAAGAGCGGACAAGCUCUGUGUAUUUUCAACGAACUGCUUGGCCUGGAGCAUCGACACUUUGGCUGCCUAGAUGUGGAGGAUUCCUCGAAAUUCAAUUUGUAUGUCAUCCAGAAGGGUAUGUCCGUUGUGGGGGAAUUGAUGGGCUUGGUGGUGGUGAACUAUGGAAUGCCUGAAUACACUAUGUCGUACCUAUACCUGGCCCUCCUUUGUUUGACACAGUUCUGUGUUAAUUUGGUGGUCACGCAAAUCUACCUCGCCAUCCUCUACAUAUAUCGCUCUGUGUGGCUUAUCAACCGACAGCUCCUUGGUGUAGUGAGUCGCCUAAGAGUCGACCCUUUGUCAGACUCUUCUCGGAUUCCGUUACUCCUCUCUUUAUACGGGCGCCUCUUGGCGCUGCAUAAGCAAAUGGAGACCACAUUUAACGGCCAGAUCACACUGAUCCUGACAUCAGCACUGGCCGGAAACAUUGUGGUCAUCUACUUCCUGAUCGUGUACACUGUAAGCCUCGGCCAGCUUUCGAUUUCCUUGGCGAUCUUCCCAUACUCCUUAAUUAUGAAUGUGUGGGACUAUUGGCUAAGCAUUUCAGUCUGUGAUCUCACCGAAAGAACGGGCAGGCACACUUCAACCAUCUUGAAGCUCUUCAGCGACCUCGAGCAUACCGAUGAGGACCUGGAGAGAAGUAUUAAUGAGUUUACGUGGCUCUGCAGUCAUCGUAGAUUUCGAUUUGGUCUCUACGGACUGUGCUCAGUGAAUUCUGAAACGGGUUUUCAGAUGAUCGUCACCAGCUUCAUGUAUCUGCUGUGUUUGGUGCAGUUUGAUUUCAUGAAUUUGUAG